AUGCUGAAGGAGGCGGUCGGUCCUUUUGCGGAUGAUAAUCGUGUGUCGCUGGAGAAGAAACUCGCCUCGUUGAGCUUUGCUCCCCUUGAGGACAAGGAACCUGGGGAGGCAAGUACUGCAACGGAAGGCAAGGAGAAGGAUAUUGAGUCGGACGCGCCUGCCAGCCGAGCUCACGCGGAUCCUGUGGAAGAAGAGGAAGAUGAGGAAGACGAGGAUGACGGAUAUUUGAGUGAUGAUCCCGAAGAAAGGCUGGACCCGCCGCACCCGGAGAACUCGCUGUACGUCAAGGAGCGAGCUCGGAACCCGGAUGCCAUCGAGGUAUUGCUGAAGAGUGUGCCGGUGGAGAUCUCAUCAGAUAUGGUCUACAAGUUCCUGUUGAAGACCCCGCUGGAGAAGCGUGGCCACCCCCCUUUUCGGCAUGGUGCUGCUUUCCACCGGGUGGUGGACCCUGUGAGAGGGGCUGAUACGGACAAGAUUGAGGGGCUGGUGAAAGUGCAUCCAGAGGAUAACGGAUUAGAGAAGACACUGCAGCUGGUCAUGAGAGGGCUGCGGGCACACACCAGGGAGAAGAAAUGGAUCCGAGCAACAAUCACACACCUAGAGAAGGAGGUGGAAGUGCUCCGACAUGCAGUGAUGCAGCGACCGUCGAGGAAGAGGCUGCAAGACAGGUCGAUCAGGGCGGAGGCCAAGCUGGAGGCCUACCUAGAAAGGGAUAGAAAGAGGCUGCAAGUGCUGGCGGACCUAAAUGUGGAGUUGAGCGGGGAGGUGCCCUCGCCAUACCUGACAGCUAAGAUAAGGAUAUGGAAGAAGAGCACGACGGUGCAGGAAGUCAACCACCGGGGGGUGAUGUACCGAGGCACGCGAGAGGUAUUGAAGGCGGUCGAGGACCAUUUUGGGACCGCUUUCAUGAAUGUGGAGCUGAAGGAGGAGGUAGACUGGGAGAGUUUUUCGCAAGGGCCGCGCUUCUCGGAGGACGAUGCGAAGGAGCUGGGAAGGAGCUGGUCCGAGGAGGAGGUAAAUGAGGCGAUUGCGUCACUGCCAAAGGGAAGAUCCCUGGGGCAGGAUGGUCUACCGGCGGAGUUUUUCGCGACACACUGGGGGCUGCUCGGCAGCAAGGUGAUGCAAUUCGUCCAUGAUUUCGAGGUGGGGAAGGACCUCCCUGACAGCCUGGCAACGUCGAUCAUGGUUUUACUGCACAAAAAAGGGGGCAGAGAUCAAUUGGGGAACUACUGGCCGAUCACGCUGCUUAGCGUGCUCUACAAGCCAAAGGGGAAGGUGUUGGCAAAGGGACAACAUGGCUUCUUACCCGGGAGGAGUUUGGCGGAAGAGGUGUCGGUGGUGGUCAACGCGGCAAACAAUCGGGGGAAAGACUGGCUACUGCUGCUGGUGGACUUCCAAAAGGCGUAUGACACCACGCAACGCAGAAAACUAGGGAUGGAAGCGCCAGGGGAGGAGCGGCUGUCGUACAUAGGAUAUGCAGACGACACGUCCUUCCUCCUUGAAGGGGAAGAACAACUGAAGGAGUCGGAGAGUAUGCUGGAGUCCUUCGGGAGACAGUCUGGGUUGAAGGUCAACUGCGGAAAGUCGGUGGUGCUGCCACUGGGCUGCAACCGCGGGAAGCAGGCACCGCUAGAUCUUAGCUUCAAGUGGGCGGAGAAGGAAGAGCCGGAGUGGCUCUUAGGGAUCUGGAUCAUGCCGAAUGGGGACGCGGGUCCGUCGUGGGACAAGACCUAUGAGAGGGUGAAGGAGGAACUUGGGAGAUGGGAAGCACAAUACCUCACGACAAUGGUAAGAGUGGCAGUGGUCAGCUGCUAUGUUCGUCCAAUCAUGAUGUUCCAGGCGCAUGUAUACUUAUCGCCGGAGGGAACAUGGGACAAAAUCAGAAAAUCGUGCCACAAUUUCGUCUAUGGGGGGGAGGCGACAGACGAGAGAAGAUUCAUACUGUGGAGCGCGUACCUGGUCAGCCUACCCAGGAUGGAGAGCGGGCUAGGUCUGGCCGACCUGAAGAUAUGGCUUGACGGGCUGGCGGUCCGCAAAGUGGGGAAGCUGCUGGCGGAACCAGACGGAGUCCGGAGGUGGUUGGCAGAAGAGGCAGCAGAGCUCCCGCAAGGGACUGUAACGUGGUACGCAUAUCCUGCAGUAAUCAAGAAAUGGCCGGGGGGGAGUGAGAGAUGGAAAGCAGCGGCGAAAGCGUUCCAAAAAAUCCCUUUUGCGGACCUACCGGACCCGACGUGCCGAUGGGAGGUUGACGAGGAGUGGAUCUGCUUCAACAGGAAACUGAUGCACAAAGGUAAGAGCCCGUUUGGACUACAGAAGGGGUCGAAAUGGAUAAUGAACUUGAGGGUGAGGGUCCUGCUCACUGAUCUACCAGGAGACCGUAGGAGACCGAAGAGUGUAGAGGAGCUAACGACAGAGCUAGGGGAUGAAGCAGCAGCAGCCCUGGCAGUUAAGGCGUACGAGGUGCUUCCGGCGGCAUGGAAGGAAAUGUCCUGGCUCCAGUGA